AUGAUGCGCUUGGUGCACCCGGACAGGUGCAGUGACCCGCAAGCCACCCAAGCCGUCCAGGAGCUGCAAAGCUUCGAGCUCCACCUGAGCAACAGCGAUCCGGAGUCGUUUCGCCAGGGGCCGAUGAGUGAUCUGGAGACUCUUCUGGAUCGAGCGAUACAGCCCGAGCUGAAGCAGUCCAGAGAGCCGGAGCUGUCACAGCCGGCCUCGAAACCGCAGCCGGCCGCAACCGGCUUCGUCCUUGAAGUGGGAGCUUUCGGAAGGGGCUCCUCUGCUCCUGCAGUGCCCGCAGUCCGCAAGGGCAUCCUGAAGCCGAAGGCCGCAUCGUCUAUUGCAAGUUUGGAUCAGUUCAUGACGCAUUUGAAGGUUAUGAAUAAAACCAAGGCUGCAAAGCCCACGGCGGCGAAGGUUGCAGAGCCCACGGCGGCGAAGGUUGCAGAGCCCGCGGCGAAGGUUGCAGAGUCCAGCGAGCCAGAGCCCGCGGCGAACGUUGCCGAGUCCAGCGAGGUUGCAGAGCCCACGGCGAAGGUUGCAGAGUGCAGCGAGCCAGAGCCCGCGGCGGCGAAGGUUGCAGAGCCCACGGCGGCGGCGGUCGCCGAGUCCAGCGAGUCAGAGUCCGCGGCGGAGGAGGCAUCAGCCGAGCCGGAGCCCGUUGUGAACGGAAAGCUGGGCGAGCCGCUUAAGGAGUAUAGGGACCACGUGGUGGCGAAGCAAGACUUUGAGCACUACGGCCCGGACUGCCCGCAGGAGGCCGUCAAACGCUUCCGAGAUUGCCUCUACCGCGACGAGAAGGACGCAUCGAACUUCAAUCCCUACUGGCUCGUGGUUGAGUUCCCCAGCGGCACUUCUGUCAUGCCGCUGGAAGAGUGGAACGGUGCGCUGGCUUUCUGCCUGCGCGAAGGCGAUCCCACGGGCUUCGUGCUCGUGAGCAAGAACAAGGGCGUG